AUGAAAGAGUCCUUGUUGGUGCCUAUUGGAGGAACUGGACAUCUGGAUUUGUCGCUUACGGCCUUCAAGGAUCUGGACAACAAAGAGGAAGAGCUAGUGCUUCAGGUGCUCCAGCUCCCCAGCAACGGCAAGCUGAUGAGGCUCACCAUUGGGAAGGAGGAAAUUCUGAAUAGAGGAGAUCUGUUCACCCUCUUGGACCUUAAGAGCAAAGCUGUGCAUUUCACACAUGACAAAGACAAAUCAAGGAGUGGAAAGCUGGUCCUGCGCUUCCUGGACCUGCAGUUCCUGUCCCAGCCAGUGACUGUCAUCAUCUUGGCUGUGUCCCUGCAGCCUCCGUACAUGUCGAGCAACCAUCCUUUAGUGGUCAAUCAUGGGGAUGCAGCAGUCAUCACGCAGUCAGUGCUGCGAAUUGAGGACAAUGACAACCCUGAAGAUGUCAUGGUCCUGGUGCUGGACCCACCUCGACAUGGCUACCUGACACAUCUCCAUGGUGACCAGGAACUCCGGCAUUUCAAGCUUGCAGAGUUGGGACAGGGGCAGCUGCUGUAUGUCCACCAUGGCUCUAACGGGCUACAGGACCAGACAUUGUUGCAGGUCAAUGAUGGGCAUAGCUACCUCAACGUGUUCUUCAGCAUCAGCGUGGUAAAGCAGGGUUCAGACUCUCCACGCUUAUUGUCAUUCCUCCCCGCCUGGGUGACUGAAGGAGGGAUGGCGCAGAUCACCAGCUACCACCUAAAAGCAGAAUUCAGGGGUUCCAGCAACUCCGAGAUUCUCUACUCCAUUGUUGCCUUGAAGGACAACCCAAGAUAUGGUGAUAUGGUCUUCCUGUUGCCGCACCCAGACAAUGGACCCUCACAUGGACAGCAGCACCUGCCGGAUGGGCAGGCUGUCACUGCAGCAAUGACAACUAUGUCCUUCACUCAGCAGGACAUUGAUGACGGCCAUGUGUGGUACCGACACUCUGGCCUGGGCACGGAGGAUGACGUAGUUCAGUUCCAGGUUUCAAGUGAGGAUUCCCCAGAAAGCUUGGCUCUGUCUCACACAAUCACCAUCAGAGUCCUCCCAUUGUCUCCAGGGGUCCCACAGCCUUCUCAAGACUGCAGCAUGCUGAUCACAGCCCUUAGUGACAGUGUCACAGAGAUCCUGCCCUCUGCACUCUUCUUCAUAAACUCAGAUGUUCCCUUUGAAAAACUGAUCUACAGCAUCACCAAGCCUCUAGCACAAGAACAAGGUACCAUUGAACAUAAAGAUAAACCCUAUAUCCCCGUGUACACUUUCACUCAAGCAGAUGUCAACAAUGUGUCUAAUGGAAAUAACACCACACCGGAGAUGGACUUGAUUAUCCACUUGCUGGCCAGUGACCCAAGGCCUCCAGUCCUUCAGGUCUUGGACCCAGUGCUGGAGGUGAACCUGGGUGACACAGCUCCUUUAGGUGUUCCAGAGCUGGCUAGGACCGGUCUGGAAGUAGCCCCAGGCAGACUUCAGUUUGAGGUGGUUGAAGCUCCAUUUCAUGGAACCCUUCUGAGAGUUUGCUCUGAUGGCCAGACAGAAGGAGCCAGCAAUGACACAUUCACAUUUUACGACAUCAAGCAGAACAUUGUGCAGUACCAACAUGCAGGAGCGAGCACUGAGGAUGACAUCAUGACCUUCAUCAUGACCUAUGGCUCAUAUGUGGCUUUGACCACGGUGAAGAUCAAAGUUCUGUUGGAAAAAGGCAGUGGUAGACCCCAGCCGGACCCCAGCAUGUUGCUGUCCGUGGAUGUCUCAGAGAAAAGCAGCACCCCAUUAAAUCACACACACCUGGCCUAUAUGGAUGACAACUCUCCAGAUGACAAGAUCAUUUUCCAGCUGGUCUUGUUGCCCAAGCAUGGCUUCCUUACCAAUAAUGACUGUGUGUCAGGCCACGGGGAACUGAGAGAGAACUCCUCCUUCACCAUGGAGGAUGUCAACAACAACAGAAUAUGGUACACUGUUUCAUCUGAGACCAGCAGUUUUCCUAUAAGUGACGCAUUCCACUUCACAGUCUGUGAUGAGGACAACAACUGCCUUUACAACCAGAUGUGCAUUAUCACAGUCACAUCUGUAAAGAGGCAACCUCCUGAGAAUACCAUACGCAGUGAAAUCCAGACCACGGAAGACAGAGGCCCAGUUAUUUCCAUGAAGAACAUGCUUUUGAAAAAGAACCAUAAGCAGGUCACCACCAACUCCUCCCUGAGCACACUGGACCUGGAUUCUAAAGGGAAAGAUCUCAUCUUCACUGUUGCCAAGCAGUCAUCUUCCGGCAAGGAGCAUAGACGAUGGUUUUCCUCCAAGCCACUGCAGGAGGGUCAUGUCUUGUACAACAGCACCACAUCGCAAGCAAGAGAGAGCAACAGCCCUGAAAUGGAGGUCAACCGAAAUCUUCAGCUUUCUGCAGGGAGACACAUUCCUACUUUCACUCAAGAUGACAAGGACACCUUGUGGGACAGGCAUAGUGAGAUGUUUUACGUUACCACCCAGCCCAGAGAAGGCCCUGCACCACUGCAUGCAAUUUCAGAAACACAGCUCCGGAGACGAGUGAAGAAGACUGCCCCAGAGCUUGUGCUCAAAGCCACGCGUGAAGAAACAGAGAUGCAUACUGCUGCCUCCCAGGAUGCUGAUGCUGCUCCAGAGAUGGAUUGUACCCCACGGGUGGUCGCCAACUUGGGCUUGCAAUGGCUGGAGUACACAGAUAAUAAGGUCACCAGUGUAAUCUCGAAGAAGGAGCUCCUCUCAGUAGAUCCUGAAGACAGAGAAAUUGUGUAUGAGGUCAGUGCUGAGCCAGUGCAUGGCUCCCUGGAAUCCAGACUGAGUGCCAGCAUUCGUAUUCGUACUUUCACACAAGAUGAUAUCAACCUCGGGCUGAUUUCUUACGUCCUUAAUGAGAAGGCUAUCCACGAGACUAUGGACAGCUUUACAUUCUCCGUUAGGGACAACCAGUCCAACAUGGUGAAUGACAACGUGUUUCAUAUUCAGUGGUCUUUGAUCUUCUUUGAGCACACAAGCUACGAUGUGAGUGAGUUGGGGGGCAUUGCGGCAGUGACAGUGAGAAGAACUGGGAACCUUAACCACCGAGCUGCCGUGCUGUGCCACACGGAACAGGGUACUGCCACCUCCACUUCUGAGGGGGACAUCAGCCCAGGGCAGCAGGAUUACGUGGAAUACGCAGAGCAGCUUCAGUUUGAAGAAGGAGAGGAUACCAUGGUGUGCACUAUAGCGAUCAAGGAUGAUGAGAUGUUGGAGAACACUGAGAGCUUCUACGUGGUGCUCGACAAGCCUGUCCAUGCCUUGCUGGGUGAAGCGACUCGUGCAAAGGUCCACGUGGUUGACGCAGAGGAUGUACCCAUGCUGCAGUUUGACAAGGCCAUUUACCAUAUCAGCGAAAAAGCUGGUUUCCUGUUUGCACCUGUUGAGAGGAAGGGUGACCCAAGCAUCACCGUGUCUGUGCUCUGCCACACCGUCCCCGGAUCGGCCCAGGGAAACAACUCACAAGACUUCUUUCCUCGAGAAAUGAGUGCUGAGAACCGGUUGUUGUUUGGACCAGCUGUGAAGGCAUCCACCUGUACUGUGGAGCUGGUGGAUGAUGAGGAAAAGGAACCCCCUGAGGAGUUCCAGCUGGUCCUGUCGGAUCCCUCAGACAAUGCACGGCUUGGGGAGAUGACUGUUGCCAGGGUGGUGAUUGACGGACCUAACGAUGACUCCACUGUUUUCCUGGCCAAUGCCUCGUUUUCAUACAGCGAGGAUGCAGGCACUAUUGAGAUUUCGGUCUUGAGGCAGGGCACCGACCUCUCCUCAGUGACCUCUGUGUGGUGUGCUACAAGACCCUCAGACCCCUGGUCAGCCAUGCCUGGAGCAGACUAUAUCCCCAGUUCCAAGAAGGUGGAGUUCAAGCCAGGGGAGACGGAACAGACCUGUAGUGUGACAAUUCUGGAUGAUCCAGAGCGACCUUCCAUUGAAGGCAAGGAGUCCUUUGUGGUCUUCCUCAGUUCGGCACGAGGAGCAGAGCUCACUGAGCCCUUUGAAGCAACUGUUAUCAUUGAAGACACCUUUCAAGACAUUCCCAGAAUGCAGUUUGAGAAUGAUGUGUAUGUGGUGAAGGAGACAGACAGAGUCCUGAACAUCCCUGUUGUCCGAACUGGGGACCUGACUUUCCCAUCAUCUGUCAGCUGCUACACAGAGACUCUGUCUGCACGGGCAGGGGUAGACUUUGAAGAGAGGAGAAAUGCUGAGGAAUCCCGAAUCACCUUCUUCAGUAGAGAAAAGGUGAAAAACUGCACCAUCCAGAUCCGUGACGACUCAGUGUUUGAGCCCAAAGAGGAAUUCUGGGUACACCUGGGGAGCCCUGUGGGGGACCACUGGUCUGGAGCAAUGGUGGGCAAGACUAGCAUGGCUACCAUCACCAUCACCAACGGAGAGGAUGCUCCUACAAUUCAAUUUGAAGAUGAGAUGUAUCAAGUGCGACAUAUGUCUGGGUCAGAGGGCACUGAGAUAUUGAGUAUCAAGGUGGUCCGGAGGGGGGACCGUGACCAGAUCUCUGAGGUUCACUGCAGCACCAGGGAUGGCUCUGCUAAAUCAGGCAUGGAUUACAAUCCCAAAAGUGAGGUGCUCCAGUUCAACCCUGGUAUGGAUCAUGUCUUCUUUCAAGUUGAGAUUCUACCCAAUGAGGACCGGGAAUGGCACGAUACAUUCUCAGUUGUGUUAGGCCCUGACGAACCCAUUGGGGCAAUGUUUGGAGAGAUCACUGUGGCAACUGUGACUAUUCUUGCUCAAGAGGCUGCAGGGAACCUGAUCCUUCCUGCACCACCCAUUGUGGUCUCCUUGUCUGACUACGACCAUGUGGAGGAGGCAACUAAAGAGGGUAGUGCGAGGUCUCCCUCCUCAGGGUACCCUCUGAUCUGCGUGAUCCCAUGUGACUUCCAUCACCCUAAGUACCCUACGGUACGAGAUCACUGCAAGGAGGAGGGCAUCAGCCAGGCCUCGGUGCGCUUUAGCUGGGAGGUGGCAGCACCAACAGAUGGCAGCGGGACCAGAGCACCAUUUGAGACUGUGACAGACAGCACACCCUUCACGAGUGUCAAUCACAUGGUACUGGACAGCAUCUACUUUAGUCGCCGUUUCCAGGUGCGCUGUGUGGUUCAGGCCCUGGACCAGUCGAGCCACCUGGGUACCCCUCUGAGGAGCAAUGUCGUCACUAUCAGCAGCGAGGGAUCCAUCUGCCACACACCUAUAGCUGUUGGGGUUACCAGAGGCUUCCAGGCGCAGUCUUUUGUUGCUACGCUGAAGUACCUGGAUGUGAAACACAAGGAGCACCCCAACAGAAUCCAUAUCUCCGUGCAGAUCCCUCACCAGGACGGCAUGCUACCCUUAGUGUCCACGGCACCUCUGCACAAUGUGCACUUGCUGCUGUCUGAAACCUCUCACCAUCGACAACAUUCUUGCUCCAACAUGGUUGCCCUUGGAGACGGGCACAACAACACUGAGACCAGGUUCCUCGAUGACAGUACCUAUGGAAACACCUCCCGGGGUCCAGGCUAUGAUCGGCCUUACCAGUUCAACUCCAGUGUUCGAGAACCCCAAACGGUUCGGCUGUACAAGCAUCUCAACCUCAAGACAUGCACCUGGACUUUUGAGGCCUAUUACGACAUGACCGAGCUGGUGGAUAUCUGCGGGGGAUCCGUCACAGCUGACUUCCAGGUGAGGGACUCGGCACAAUCCUUCCUGACCGUGCGAUUGCCCCUCUACGUCUCCUACAUCUAUGUGACGGCACCACGGGGCUGGGUUUCACUGGAACACCAGACAGAGAUGGAGUUCUCCUUCUUCUACGACACUGUUCUCUGGAGGACAGGUAUACAGACUGACAGCGUGCUCUCAGCUAAGCUGCAGAUCAGCAGAGUACGUGUACGAGAAGAUGGACGGCUCGUGAUCGAAUUCAAAACGCAAACAAAAUUCCGAGGUCAGUUUGUUGUUGAACACCACACCCUUCCAGGUCAGAGGUCCCAUCUGAAUCCCCCAGAUCAGCUGGGCGGAAUCAGCUUUGACCUACAGCUUUUGUGGAGCACCCAAUCCUAUGACUCACCCUACCAGAUGUGGAGAGCCACCAGUUCCUACAGCCGGAAGGACUAUUCUGGAGAAUACACCAUCUUCCUUAUACCCUGCACUGUGCCUGUUGCCCAGACCUGGACUGAGCCAGGCGACAAACCCCUCCCCUGCAUAGCACAUGCUCCUGAGAGGUUUCUGCUUCCAAUUGCUUUCCAGCGAACCAACAGACCAGUCCCUGUUGUAUAUUCCUUAAACACGGAGUUCCAGCUCUGCAACAGUGAAAAGGUGUUCAUGAUGGACCCUAGCGCUGCAGACGUCCCGAUGGCUGAGAUGGAUUACAGGGGAUCCUUCUCCAUGGGCCAGACACUGUAUGGUCGUGUGCUAUGGAACCCGGAGCAGAAUUUGAACAUGGCCUACAAGCUCCAGCUACAGAAGGUAUAUCUGUGUACUGGAAGGGAUGGCUACGUGCCCUUCUUCGAUCCAACGGGCACCCUGUACAACGAGGGCCCACAGUACGGCUGCAUGAAGCCCAACAAACACCUGAGACAUAGAUUUCUACUCCUGGAUCGAAAACAACCAGAGGUGUGCAACAAGUACUUUCAUAAUGUGCCAUUUGACGCCAAGUUUGCAUCAGAAACUCCUGAACUGCAGUCCAUGACAGCAAUGCCUGGAGUUGAUGGAUUCACAAUGAAGGUGGAUGCACUUUACAAGGUGGAAGCAGGGAAUCAGUGGUACUUACAAGUCAUUUAUAUAAUCAGACCACAGACCGUUUCCAGUCGAAGGACCCGGCGCCACCGAAGGGACCUUGAAGAUGUAUCAGGCCAAUACCUUGGCCUGGAUGAGUCUCUCAUCUAUGAUAAUGAGGGUGACCAGGUCAAGAAUGGCACAAACAUUAGAGUUCUGAGACUGGAGAAGGUGGCAGCUACCUAUGACACGCAAACAGGGGGAUUGAUCAGUGGCGGAGUGUUGGUGGCUCUUGUCCUGGUGGCUUUGGUUCUCCUGGCCAUCUGUGUGCUACUGAGGCUUUGCCGACAGGGGGCUAGAAAAGCAACCAGGUAUAUUGCAGAGGAGUACCCCCUCAAUACUAAAGUGGAAGUGUGUCUGGAGAAGAGCUUCCACAGCAUGCGAUGCACAGUUAGGAAGGUCAAUAUCCUCAAUGUCACCCAGGAAGCUUCAAAUGUCAAGGUCAAGCAGGUCAACCUAGAGGUGAAGCUUCACGAGAACCUGAAUGAUGGUACAGAAGUUUAA